AUGGCGCGAAAUCUGCUUUGGGUUGUUGUUGUUGUUGUUGUUGUCUCAUGUCUUGUUUGGACACUGGAAGCUAGUGAAGGAGAUGCUGAUCCUCUUUACAAGUCAUGUGUUGAUCAAUGUCAGAAAACUGGAUGUGUGGGGGAUACUUGCUUCCAUCAAUGUAAAUUUUCAGCUGAUGGAAAAGCCAUUGACGGUCCAUGGUACAUGCAAGAGCCACUUUACCUACGUUGGAAACAAUGGGAUUGCCAAAGUGAUUGUCAAUACGAAUGCAUGAUGACUAGAGAAGAAGAGAGGAAAAGAGAUGGAGAGAAACCUACCAAGUACUUUGGUAAAUGGCCACUCAAACAUGUCUAUGGCAUUCAGGAACCUGUCUCCGUUGCUUUCUCUGCUCUAGACCUUGCAAUACAGUUCCAUGGAUGGGUCUCUUACUUCAUUCUCGUUUACUAUCACUUGCCUCUCCAACCAAACCGGAAAGUUUACUACGAGUAUAACGGUUUAUUGCAUAUCUAUGCCAUCAUUGUAAUGAAUGCACUCUUCUGGAGUGGUGUCUGUCACAGCAGAGAUGUUGAAUUGACAGAGAGGCUAGAUUACUCUUCAGCUACAGUGUUGGCUGGUUACACACUAGUUCUAGCUGUAAUACGGUCUUUCAGUAUACAUGAUCAAUCUGCCAAAGUCAUGGUUACUGCACCUGUUCUUGCACUUGUAGCAACUCAUAUCAUUUACCUCAAUUUCUACAAUCUUGAUGAAGGGCUUCACAGGAAAGUUAUAUACGGUAUAGGAGGAGUAGAGCUAGUGGUGUGGGGUUUAUGGGCAGCUUUAACGUCGCAUCCAUCUAAGUGGAAGCUAAGAGCUUUUGUACUCUCGUGUAUACUCACAACGUGUUUGAGAAUGCUUGACUUCCCUCCUUACAAAGGCUAUGUUGAUGCUCAUACUCUUUGGAGAGCUGCAGGGAUCCCUCUCUCUUAUCUUUGGUGGAGUUUUAUCCGUGAAGACGCGGUUUUCAGAACUACUGUUCUUCUCAAGAAAUCAAAGUGAUGAUUGAAGACACUUUUUUCCUGUCUUUUUCCGGUGAGUUUCUCUCCGGUGUUCAGAAAGUUGUUUUUUUAGGUGUGUUUUCGCAGAAGAAGCAAAGUGUUUUGUUCUUCUGUGGUGAAAUCUUGUUAAUGUUUUUGGGGUCUUCUGCUCUUUAUGUUUUAUGGUUUUUUUUUUCUCUCAUGGCUCGUUGGCCGGGAGUUUUAUGAUGACUUUUCGAAAGUCUUUUUUGUUUUUUUUUCCUCAGUGUAAAAAGAGAAAAAAGAGAGUUAUGUUUAUAUGUUUUAUUUACC